AUGUCGUCGGGUGUGGCCAACAACGAGGAAGACAAAAAGCCCACUGAUCAGGGCGGCGCACACAUCAAUCUUAAAGUCAAGGGUCAGGAUGGGAAUGAAGUGUUCUUCAGGAUCAAGAGAAGCACACAACUAAAAAAGCUUAUGAACGCUUACUGCGAUCGUCAGUCGGUUGACUUCAACUCCAUUGCCUUUCUCUUUGAUGGGCGUCGCCUCCGUGCAGAGCAGACUCCAGACGAGCUUGAAAUGGAAGAUGGAGAUGAAAUUGAUGCGAUGCUUCAUCAGACAGGAGGUUCUGUUGUCUGA